AUGGAAAGGAUCUAUCAAACAGACGGUUACGUGAAGUAUGGAUUUCCAUUCCAAGCUCUGGAUAAAGACCGCGUCAACGGACGAACUCGUGGCCCUCUCCAUGGGAUUCCUUUUUUCCUUAAGGAAAACAUGACCACUAAGUACCGCAUAGAAACAACGGCUGGCAGCUGGGCGCUGCAAGGCAGUGUUGUCCCUCGCGAUGCCUACGUAGUUCAUAAAUCGCGCAAGGCUGGCGCGUUGCUACUUGCAAAAGCCGGAAUGAGCGAAUGGGCCGAGAUUCGCAAGAUGGAUUAUUCUCAGGGAUAUGCCGCCUUUGGAGGACAAGGUCGCAUUGUCCAACCCGCGGAAAGAAAUUCUACUGUUGGCACCAAGCCCACUGUUAGCCUGACAUCCCGUUCAGGAGUACCGAUAUCCGGCCAUCAACUUGGUAGGAACGUUGGGAAAGGACAGUUCGCGACGCCACACAUACGGAAUAAUUAUACACUGGCACAGAAGGGGAAGACGCCCGGAGAGGAUUCCGCUCAAAUCGCUCAGCUUCUGGAGCUCGUCGAUCUGAUUAAAGGUGUGGUUACUACCAUCGUCAGCGGCACAGAAAUUACCGAUUAUGAGAGGAUUAUUCCUCCGGAUGGAUAG